AUGCAUCUCGAAACAGCCACCGAAGCCGACGCCCCCGCCCUCGCCGCCCUGUACUUCACCUGCUUCACCAACGCGGCCCACCGGCGCGUCUUCCCCCCGACCCCGGAGAUGCACGCGUGGUGGACCGCCAACCUCCGCCGGAAGAUCGCAGGCGGCCGGAGCGUGGUGCUCAAGAUGGUGGAUUAUGCGGCGGAGCCGCUUCCUGCGGCGAUCGGUAGUGCCCCUGAGGAGAAUGGGAGUGAUAGCUCCGCAGCCGGAAGCGAUAGCGAGAGAGGGAGCUAUGCGGCCAGUGACGAUGCAACGGGACCUAGUCCAGCAGCUAGAGAUGCGGACGCGAAUCCAGGCGUGGAGAAAGAGAGCAUGCAAGGGAAAGGGAGAGGCAGAAUCGUCGCCUUCGCGGAGUGGGAGCUUCCCUCCGCAUCCUCUUCCCCUGCGCCUGCGCCUGCGCCUGCCUCUUCUGCCCCAGUUCAAAGUCAAGAUCAAGAUCCGUCUCAACCCACCCCCUCAACUCAACCGCAAGACCCCAACCCCGACCCCACCCUCCCACCCAACCUCUCCCCCUCCGACAAAGACCUCCUGCUCCGCCUCCGCGCACAAACCACCCGCCACCGCGAGGAGGACAUGCGCGGCGUCGAGGGCGGGUAUUAUUACCUCAGCAUCCUCGGCACCAAUCCCGCAUACCGAUCCCAAGGGCUGGGAUCCCGGCUGCUGGCGUGGGGCUUUGAGCGCGCGCGCGCCGAAGGGAGGCAGAUUUACCUGUGUGCGUCGCGGGAGGGGCGACCGCUGUAUGUGAAGCGGGGGUUUGUGAGGGUUUCGGAGGGGGAGGUGGUUGUUGAGGAGGGGGGGGGGAGGAAUUGGUUUAUGGUUUGGCGGGGAUAG